UCCUACCCCAGUGUAUGCGCGCUUCGUCUGCGCGCCAGGCACGCGCUCCGCGCGCACUCCAGCCACCUUCAUAAGGCACGCGACGGCCCCUGCGAGUUUGCUCCUGCAGUCAUCCUGCCACCCCGGAGUGUUCACAAUGUCACCGGGGCGCAGGCAUACCUGUCCUGUGAGGUGAGGGCCGUGCCCACCCCAGCCAUCACAUGGAGGAAGGUCACACACUCCCCUGAUGGUACUGAGGUGCUGGAGGAGUUACCUGGGGACCACGCCAAUAUAGCUGUCCAGGUGCGAGCUUCCAACCACGAGGCCACAGCCUGGAUUUUGAUCAACCCUCUGAAAAAGGAAGACGAAGGAGUGUACCAGUGUCAUGCGACCAACAUGGUCGGGGAGGCCAGGUCCCACGGCACAGUGACCGUCCUGGAUCUGAAUAGAUACAGAAGCUCCCUCUCCCCGGCUCCAGCAGGCCUCCUGUGAUGGGGGUCUCCAAGACAUUGAUCACGGGAUGAUGGAGAAGUCCAGCCACGGAUCUUGUUGUUUGGGAAGACUAAGGAAAAAACUGUGUCUGUAGAUAACCCCUUUUGUAUGUUUUUUAAAAUUGGAUGCAAACUAGAUUCAUAUGCAGAUGUAGUUUUUAGCAGGGCGGACAGUGGGGAAACAGAGGUGCAUGUAGCUUUUUUUACACUUUGGGAAUGAAUCCUUUUGUAACUGUUCCCUCCCAGGGAAAAGCAUUUGUCAUUCAAAAAGUAUUUGUCAUUCUAAAGGGCUCACAACAAGGCAUGUGUCCACUGUGACUCUUUACCUCAUGAGUCUGUGACUGAUAAGUGGGCACUCUGUGACUUAGUGUGUGAUACAGAAGGAGAGAAGAGGGCCUUGGCUCUCCUUGGCCUGCUGCAUGACCUGGACAGGUCCUUUCCCCUCUCUGGACCUUGGUCUCUCCACCUGUGAUUGUGACAUUUGGACUAGAUACUACUCACCAGGGCCCCUUCUAGCCCUUCCAUCUUAGAGCAAGAUGGUCCCAUGCAAAAAAAAAAAAAUAUAUAGAAUCACCUCAAAUUUGCCUUGUCAAAAUUAGACAGCAGGAUGUAGACCCAGAAAAUAGGGCGGCUGGAGCCCCAUGGUGGAAGUGCCAAGUAUCCUGACCGCAUGGGGCUGGGUUUAACAGUAUAUCUACGUGCAAACAUGAAUAAAAUAAUAAAUGCUGCAUUGUCUGAAAUUUUCACCAAGACCCAAAAAAAAAGCAGAUUAAUAUGAUUAUCCAACUUAAUGGCUUGUCACCUGGGAGAGCCCCAAACCUCUUCUCAGACCUAGAACAUGAAGCAUGAUCCCCUCCCCCAGCCCUCCUGUCAAGCCUGUUUUCUACCCAUAUUUUCAUAGAUGCCAUGAUGUCCCAAUUCCUGCACCCUGAAAAUAAAUGUUUUCAAGGAUG